AUGAACAGCAGACAACGAAGCCAUCUUGAACGUCAAGAAAUUGCCGCGGCACUAGGGCUUUCAGCUCUACGGUUUACCGAAACGCCUAUACAAACGCCUUUUUCGGUCCUCGAUUGUUUCUUAGCAACUCUUAACGAUAAAGGGGUACAGUUUCAAUCAGAAAAGGACAGGAAUUCUAGGACUAGGACCGAUAAUCAGGAUUUAGGCCAUCUGUCGGCUCAUAAACAGCAGCUGGAUAAAGAGAUACGGGAAUUGACAUUCACCGCAACCUGUUUCCUUAAACUCCCUACGGAAAUCACCCUGCGGAACUUUUUUCUCAGCUUUAAAACGCUUCUUUUGUCCAUUUCCCAGCAUCCAAAAGCGAUUCCCGAUGUUUCACCAUGGAAGACAUCUAUCGACGUACUCCGCAGAUGUAUUCUAUCUCCUCAGGGACUCGCGCUUUGCUAUGAAAUUCCCGAAGUUCAUCGAUUCGUUUUGCUUGGCUUGGAAUCAACUAUACUACUCCUUGGGCGGCGCUGCAAGAACAUGACAAAGGAUGAAAUCAUACAGGUCCAGGCCAGCAUGUCAUUUUCAAUUGGGGCAUUGCGCCAGCUGUCCGACGAUCUUUUGGCGCUCUGGCAUGAAUUCCGGCUCUAUAAUUCUAACGCUCGUUUUCUGGCGGGCGGGCAAGCCUUGGAUGAUACCAGGCCCGGUGGGGAAAUGACGCUCGAUAUGGAUAACAACUUUCCCUCGGCUAAUACGGGUUGUGUAUGCGUCGCGGGUCGAGAUCUGCUUAUCCUAGAUAUCGGUCGCCCGGCCAGCGCUGCAGUUUCUCCGCGACACACAUCGGAGCUCGACGGUAGACAAGACGCAACCAUCGAGAAUUCGAAAGAGAGCUGGAAUUUCCAAGUAGGAACGAACGAACCCAGUAGAUACAAGUUUGUCUGUUGA